AUGUAUGGCGAUAUUAUUUUAGUUUUACGUGACGGUUGGGGUGAUGCACAAUUUCGAUAUUGGGCUCAGAAGCAUUUUAUACUUGUUAAAAUUGGUGAAACACAUGUUGUACAUACUACUGGAAAAGUUAGCCGUCCGGUUGUUACUUAUGAAGAACUUUAUACAAAAUUAAAUGAAUGCCACACUCGUGUUGGUCAUCAUGGAAGAGAUAAGACAUGGGAAGAAGUUAUAAAAAAGACUUGGGUAGUUUUAGCCAUUUUAAAUGGUCGGAUUCGACAUUCCCAAACACGUCGCGUAAUCGAACGGAGUAAUCGUACACUUGCAAUAGCGUUAUACAAAUGGAUGCAACAUAAUCAUACCGAUAACUGGUCGACAGAUAUUCUUCUUAUGAGUAAUCGCGAAAAUAUUCCCCGUGCAAUUGAUGAUACACUUAAUCAUAGGCAUCAGAAGGUUCGGGAGAAAACAAAAGCAGAUUAUAUGAAAUCUACUGCUAAAAAACAAAAGUUAUAUGAUAAUACUGUUAAAUAUUCUCAGUACGAGCUGGGAGACCUUGUGGGCCUUCAAGACGAUCAUGUUGAUAGUAGCAACAGAAUAUUUAAAGUUCUACCUUGUAAAGUAGUAUCUGUGAAUUGGUCGUCGAAUGAUUCUAUAAUGUACAAAGUGUGUACUAUGCAAGGUGUAUUAUCAACAGUGUAUGGUGUUCAAGAUUUCUUGGAUUUACGAAAAUAUCAUUUUAUUGAUUUACGUGCUGUCGAACUAACAACUCUACCAACAAUUACAUUUACUGACGCGUGUAAAGACUAUGUGACAGUAAGUAUAAAUCAUGUAAUGAAGGCAUGCAACUGUAAUGGUAAAUGUGCUACGAAAUCUUGUCCAUGUAAAGCUAAACAUGUUAAAUGUUGUACACAAUGUCAUCCACAAAAGAAACACAGUUGCGCUAAUAUUUGCAACUAA